AUGACUACACCAAAGAGCACCGGUCGGCUGGACCGGGUUACCAGCAUUACCAACAGGGUGUUCUCCAGCUCUUUACCCAAUGCUUCUCCUAUCGUCCAGGAAUCCUUGGCCUGGGACAUCGCAGAGGAUGAGUCCGACGCCGCCAUUUCCGACGACGACGAAUCCGAGAGUUCGACUCUACGCCCUUCCACAUCUGCUCCCGGCGGAGGAUAUUCAUUUGUGGGAUCAUAUCGGAGACCCAGCUUUGCAGGAGCCGGAAAUAGAGCUACUGUGCUUCCACAAAUUGUACGAGACCACGAUAGAUUAUCCAAGGAGGAAAGAAAACAAGCUCUGGAGGAGGAAAGAAGCCUCCUUCGAGACAACAACAUCAUCCCACCAAAACAUCCACUCAGCGAAGAGGGUGCGAGGAAAAAGAGUUUGUUCAAGAUCCCUGGCGGUGACCUUAAGGUUACACGAACACGAACUGCAGAGGGUGCUGCUCCAUCUCAAGACGCGAUCGAUGUUCCCUCAGAGGCCACUCCUCUGCUUGGAGACCCAAAUCUGCCAUAUGGUGGGCAAGACGACCCCGAGACAAUCAACGCCAAAUGGGAAGAGGCAGUGGCUGCGGGCAGGAUUCACACGACAUGGCAGCGUGAAGCCAAAGUCCUUGCCCGUUACUCGGCACCGUUGAUGGUGACGUUUGUGCUACAGUAUUCCCUGACCGUUGCCAGCAUAUUCACGGUGGGACACAUUGGCACAGUCGAACUGGGAGCAGUCAGUCUUGCCUCGAUGUCGGCCAACAUUACCGGGUAUGCAAUCUAUCAAGGCCUUGCGACGUCUCUCGACACACUGUGUGCGCAGGCCUACGGGUCCGGACGCAAGAAACUCGUCGGUCUGCAAAUGCAGCGAAUGAUCUAUUUCCUCUGGACCAUCUCCAUCCCAAUUGCCAUCAUCUGGGUAUUGGCCGAGUACAUUCUCCUUGUAAUCGUUCCAGAACCCGCAGUUGCCAAGCUUGCAGGACUAUAUCUGAGGGUUGUUCUGUGUGGCGCUCCCGGCUACGCGGCGUUUGAGGCAGGCAAACGGUUUGUGCAAGCGCAAGGGCUGUUCUCGGCCUCGCUGUACGUUCUGCUCGUCUGCGCCCCUCUCAAUGCGUUCAUGAACUGGCUAUUUGUGUGGAAGCUGAAUUGGGGCUUUGUGGGCGCUCCCAUCGCCGUGGCAAUCACGGACAACCUGCUGCCGCUAGGUUUGUUCAUCUACGUGCGGUUCUUUUCCAAGACCGGCAUGUCAUGCUGGAACGGUUUCACCAAGAAGGCCUGGCGCAACUGGGGGCCGAUGGUGAAAUUGGCCUUACCUGGAGUUGUGAUGAUAGAAGCCGAAGUGCUGGCGUUCGAAGUCUUGACAUUCGCAGCCUCGUAUUUCGGCACUACAAUCCUCGCAGCGCAGUCGGUGCUGGCCACCUUGACAUCGCUGACUUUCCAAAUCCCGUUCCCGCUGUCCAUCGCGGGCUCAACACGAGUCGCAAAUCUGAUCGGCGCCACUCUUGCCGAGGCCGCCAAAGUCAGUACCCGCGUCACCUUCACCGCAGCCACCAUCGUGGGCAUCCUGAACGUGACUCUUCUGUCAACAUUGAAGGACUUUAUUCCGCGGCUGUUCACCUCCGAUCCCGAAGUCGUCAGGGUUGUGUCCAAUAUUCUUCCUCUCUGCGCCGCUUUUCAACUCUUCGACGCCCUGGCCGCCAACUGUAAUGGCAUCCUGCGCGGUCUCGGUCGGCAGGAAGUCGGUGGCUACGUUCAGCUGUUCUGCUACUACGUGGUGGCCAUGCCGAUCAGCUUCGGCACCGCGUUUGGGCUCGGCUGGGGUCUAUGGGGAUUGUGGACCGGCGUGGCCAUUGCCUUGGGUUUGGUCGCGCUCAUCGAGUUUAUCUAUCUCUACCGUACCGAUUGGCAGCGGAGCGUGGACGAGGCCCGGGCAAGGAACAUGGAGGGUGUUGCGUGA